UUAAAGGAAUUCGUGACCUGUAUAUUCUGCUAUGUAGCUAGCUGCUUAUUGACUAGUUAACUCUCGCUAGGGUUUCGAGUAAAUGACCAUCUUACUAUUUAGAACAAAUUUAUAUCUGCCAUCUUGGCAACAAUGUCUUUUUACCAGAUCGUCCAGACAACAUUGAGUAUGAGCUUUUUCCUCUAAUAGAAACAAAGAAAGAUACACAAAUUUCCAUCUCAUAUACUGGGACUGGGACCCUCCUCUAUCCAUCUAUCCUCCACACAAUAUGGACUUCUUCAAUCCCGUGGUUCGUUCCACCAAAGACCAGCAAGGACUAGUAGCCACUACUGGCCAGUACUUUCACAGCCCAAGAAACCACACUAAUGGCGUCAACUUGUCUACUUCCAAAAACCAUCUCACAGUUUAACCCAUCUCAUUCCCUUACGCCAUCUCAAUUCAACAGGAACCCACCAUUACCAAACCAUCUGUAUACACUGAGAAAACCACAGCCGAGUCAGAGCCACAAAGUGCACGCCAAGAAGAAGAAUCCAUGGCUGGACCCUUUCGACGAUGGUCCGGACCCGGAACAGGAGUAUGGUUCCCUCUUUGCUGAUGGGAAGCAAGAUGAAGACCCCAGGCCACCUGAUAACCCAAACAACCCUUAUGGCUUCCUCAAGUUCCCUGCUGGCUAUAGCGUCGAGAUUGCCUCCCUUGCCUUGAAAGUUCGAGGUGAUGUGAGGAGAUGCUGCUGUGUCAUCUCUGGCGGUGUUUAUGAGAACUUGCUCUUCUUCCCUGUCAUUCAGCUCAUCAAGGACAGGUACCCUGGUGUUCAAGUAGAUGUGAUUACAUCUGAUAGAGGGAAACAGACAUAUGAGCUGAACAAGAAUGUGAGGUGGGCUAAUGCCUAUGACCCGGAUGAUGAUUUCCCUGAACCAGCAGAGUACAUGGAUAUGGUUGGAAUUAUUAGGGGCAGGUACUAUGACAUGAUCUUAUCAACAAAGCUAGCUGGGUUUGGACAUGCAACUUUCCUCUUCCUGUCGACGGCUCGAGAUAGAGUCAGCUACGUGUACCCGAAUGUGAAUGCGGCUGGGGCAGGGCUUCUUCUAUCAGAGACAUUCACUCCAGAGAGUUUGAACCUCUCUGAAGGAGGAUUCCACAUGUACCACGAGAUGCUGGAUUGGCUGGGGAAACCGUUUCGGAGUGUGCCGAGGACACCUGUUCCUCCGCUGAAAGUUUCCAUUUCCAGGAAGGUGAAGGAGGUGGUGGAGGCCAAAUACAAGGCUGCUGGUGCUGAGACAGGAAAGUAUGUUGUGAUUCAUGGGAUUGAAUCGGAUUCCAAGGCUUCCAUGCAGUCCAGAGGGGACACUGAUAGCUUGCUGUCCAUUGAUACAUGGGCCGACAUUGCCGAGUCUAUAAGAGGGUUGAAGCCAGUUUUUGUCAUUCCACAUGAGAAAGUACGGGAAAAUGUGGAGGAAGUAGUGGAUGAUCCAAGUAUAGUCUUGAUCACAACUCCUGGACAGCUGGCUGCUCUUGUAAACGACUCUGCUGGUGUAAUAGCUACAAACACAGCAGCGAUCCAACUAGCAAAUGCCCGCGGGAAACCCAGCAUUGCGCUGUUUUCUUCCGAGGAGAAGGGGAGACUGUUCGUCCCAAAUGCAGAAGAGAAGAAAUGCACCAUUAUAUCAUCCAAAACCGGCAAACUAAAAGACAUAGAUGCUGGAGCUGUUGUAAUCCUAGCCAAGAAAGCUUUUGAUCUCCCACUUGCUCUGGUCUAGGAUACACAUGUUAGAUUUCCCAGCAUCUUGUUUCUCAUAAAAGGCACUUCUUGACCGUUUUAGAUACAUGUAUAUGCACAGACAUGUCAUCCAAGAAAGUCAGAGGCUAGUAAUACUCUCAACUCAUACGAAACAAAAGCAUGCAUAAAUG